CUUAACUCUCCAUUCGGGAAGUUUCUAAGUGACAAUCAGUGGAAACGACUGUUUCAAACUUUUAGUGUCUUUUAAUCGGCUGUGUUUGGCUUCACUUUACAGUUAGGAGUUAAAGUAACCAGUUAAAACGACCUGUGGUCACCGUGUUAAUUAAACUCGCUGUAGGUUUAUCGCAGUAGAAGCUGCUGCUUUAUGCUCAUGGCUGUCGACUGGAUUGGGUUCAGCUAUGCUGCUCUGGUGUCGGCAGGAGGGGUCGUAGGUUAUGUGAAAGCAGGCAGUGUCACCUCUCUGGUCGCAGGGCUGCUGUUUGGCGUGCUGGCUGCGGUCGGCGCUUAUCUGACAUCUAAAAACCCCAGGAAUGUGUGGCUUUCAGCCGGCACUGCAGGAACUCUCUGUGUGGUGAUGGGACUGAGAUUUAUCGGCUCCUGGAAGUUCAUGCCAGCUGGUUUGAUGACUUUAUUGAGUUUGCUGGUAUUGAUGAAGACCUUCGCCAGAAUGGGAAAGACACAAUCACACAAAUCUUGAGCCAAAAUAAGCGUUUUUAGUGAGUCUGUGAAUACAUAAAAGAUCAAACUUACAGCAUUCCUCACCAUUUAUUUUCUUACUGCAGUCAUACUUUUGUUAAAAAUGUGAUCAUAUAGAAAGGGCUUCCUGGAGCCUGUCCUGCCUCAGAUCACACAGUUGUGUUAUCAAUUAUUUUUUCUUUAUUGUAUGAAAAACAUUUUUAAAUAAAGUUUUUGGCUGUG